AUGGUACAACAUCGUUUUACUAGUAUGAAGCAAACUUUUGUGACAAACUUUCGGAAAGAACGUGAAUCACAAAAAAGGUGUAGUGGAAAAAGUUCCGAAGACAUUUAUAAACCUAAAUGGGCUCUGUAUGGUCGAUUAAAAUUCUUAAAAAAAUCAUGUGUUCAGGCAGAAAGUACAUCUAAUUUACAAACUCCUAUAAAUACUUCAUAUUCUGACAACACAGAAUCCGUAAUAGGUAUUGAUACUGAUAAUAUAAUAGAAGAAAAUAACUCUGAAAAUAUUGAAUAUCUAGAGAAGGAUUUUAUAGACCUAACACAAUAUAAUUUACAUAAUACACAGCAUGAUCUUGAUUCUCCGGAAAUUUUCAGUUUAGAUGAAAUUUCAGCUUGUUCUAGUACAAAGAAUUUAUCAAAUUCGUUUUAUAAUUCUCAGUUAGAUAGUGGUUCAUCUGGUUUAUCAAGUUCAUCAACAGCAAAGCUGUCAGCAACUAUACAUUCUCCUGCCAACUUAAAAUCAACUUCGGACAAAAAAAACAUAUACAUAAAAAGAGGAUCAGUUAAAAAAAGAAAGGGAUCAUUAGUAGAAGAGGCAAUUGGAGCCAUUAAGACACUAUCAAAUCAAUGCACAUCUGAAAAUGAUUCAGUAGAAUAUUUUGGAAAUUUUGUAGCAGCGAGAUUACGGGAAAUGAGCUCUCUGACUCGUAAACGAUGUGAACAUGAUAUUAUGAAAUGUCUUGCAGACUAUUAA